AGCGGCGCGGCCCGAGUCCCGGUCAGUACCUCUGUUUCCGGCUCGAAUUGCUCUACCCACGCCCGCCUUCAACAUGUCCGAGACUGCGCCCGCCGCGCCCGCUGCUCCGGCCCCCGCCGAGAAGACGCCUGUGAAAAAGAAGGCCCGCAAGGCUGCAGGUGCCGCGAAGCGCAAGGCGUCCGGGCCCCCGGUGUCCGAGCUCAUCACCAAGGCUGUCGCCGCCUCCAAGGAGCGCAGUGGCGUGUCUUUGGCUGCGCUCAAAAAGGCACUGGCCGCCGCCGGCUACGAUGUGGAGAAGAACAACAGCCGCAUCAAGCUGGGUCUCAAGAGCCUGGUGAGCAAGGGCACUCUGGUGCAGACCAAGGGCACCGGGGCUUCCGGCUCUUUCAAGCUCAACAAGAAGGCGGCCACCGGGGAGGCCAAGCCCAAAGCCAAGAAGACGGGUGCGGCCAAGCCCAAGAAGCCCGCAGGAGCAGCUAAGAAGCCGAAGAAGGCCACUGGGGCGGCAACCCCCAAGAAGAGCGCCAAGAAGACCCCAAAGAAGGCGAAGAAGCCUGCUGCGGCUGCAGGAGCCAAAAAAGCGAAGAGUCCGAAGAAAGCGAAAGCAGCCAAGCCGAAGAAGGCGCCCAAGAGUCCAGCGAAGGCCAAAGCGGUGAAACCCAAGGCGGCUAAGCCAAAGACCGCCAAACCUAAGGCAGCCAAGCCAAAGAAGGCGGCGGCCAAGAAGAAAUAGGAAGUUCCUUUGGCCCACGGCUUCGAAGCUCGACACAACCCAAAGGCUCUUUUCAGAGCCACCCAAAGAUCUCAGGAAAAGAGCUGUUGCACACUGAAGGGGGCGUGGCUGGGCGGAAGAGGCGGCAAGUGGAGGGCGGGCCUCGCUGUGAUGGGAGGUGGGUCUUAACAGUAGGGUUUCCUUUAUGUAGAGGGUAGUACUAGCAAACCGCGGAGUUGGACGAGGUAAUCGGUUUGCGCCCAA